AUGCCUCCCCACUCACUCAUCGAGUGGAUCAUCGGACAGAAUGUCCCCCGCCCGGCCAAGGAGAAGUCUGAGCCAGCGCCGGCGGCGGAGCCGGCAGCGACUCCGAAACGCAAAGUCGUGCACAUGGAGAUUACGACCGACGACGAGGGCGAGACUGAUACGGUCGCCCUGACGUACCCGCGCACCGGCAAGAAGGACGCACCUGCUCCGAAACCCGAGGAGCCCGCCAGCGCGAGCGAGGAGAAGGCGGAGGAGUCGGAGGCCGAGUCGGCACCGGAAGUGGUCAAGAAGGUGCGCUUCAUCGGCACGCCGCCACCGCUCAAGUCCGCCCUCAAGAAGCCGACGCGGGCUUUGACCCUCAUCGAGAGCGACCUGGAGAGCGAGGACGAGGAUGACGCAUCGGACACGAGCGAGUAUGUCCCUGUGAUGAUGAUUAAGAAGAAGCAAAAGCAGAAGGGUAAACGGCAUGAGAAGAGCGAGAAGAAGAAGAAGAAGUGUCCCAAGCAAGCGGGGAGCAAGAAGCCUCAUCCAACAUGCGCUUGCGAGGAGUGCAUCGCCGCUCGGCGCAAGGCGAAGAAGGCUAAGGUUGUGCUGAUUGCGGAGACGGAUUCGAGUGAGACCACUGACAGCGAUACAUCUACUACCGAUGACGAGUCGGAAGAGAAAGAGAAGCCCAAGGCAAAGGCCAAAGCGAAUCAAAAGAAGAACAAGAAGGGCAAGCCUGAGACUGAGAGAGAGCCUGAGGAGACAUCAGACGGCACACAGACCGAGACAGACGUUGAGUCUUCUGCGUCCGAGCCGACGCCCCCCUUGAGCAAGAAACAGAGGAAGAAGCUGGCGCGAGAGAAGCAGGAGAAAGAGAAGAAGAAGCAGGAGGAGGCUGCCAAGAAGAAAAAGGCCGCUGAAGAAUCGGCCAAGAAGAAGAAAGGGGACAAGUCGGCAAAAUCGCCCCCAAAGGAGUCCAAGAGCAUCUCCUCCGCUUCUUCCACCAUCUCAUCCUCUUCUUCCAAGAAGUCCAAGAAAGCUUCCUCGGCAGACGUCCCAGCCCCGGGACCGAAGACCGACCUUCGCGCCCCCCACCUCCUCAUGCCCUCGCGCCCGCAGGUCAUGCACGUCGAGCACGCCGUCGAGACGCCCGACGACCCGCGGCCCAACGCCUUCCUCGACAACGAGCACGGCGUCGUGCGCAUGUACCACGGCCCGGCCUACGGCAACCCCUACGGCAGCCUGUACCCGCGCCGAGCGUUCAGCGGCAAGCCCCUGCCCGCGGGAACGCCGCACCCGCUCCACAACGCCUAUUUCCACGGCUUCGUGGCCGGCCCUGAGCACCACCACCACGCCCCCGCCGCGCCGGCGCAAGAUGCUGCGCAGCAAGCGGAUCCGCCGGUCGCUCCACCACCGGAGCCCGCUCCUGCUGCUGCUGCUGCUGCUGCUGCUGCUGCUGCUGCUGCUGCUCCUGCUGCGACGGCGCCGAUGAUGCCGCCCGGGAUGCCCAUGGGGCCCAUGUGGCCAGGCUACCCCUAUCCUCCGCCUCCGCCGUGGGGAGCCUACCCGCCAGGCCAGCCGCCGUACCCCGCGCCGCCGAUGCCGCCGAUGCCGCCGAUGCCGGACCUGCAGCCCCCGCCGACCCCGGCCAUCAUGUCCGCGACCAAGCCCGCGUCCACCCGGGACAAGGGCUGGGACACCAACGUGGGCCCCGCCGGCUCCGGCCGGAACGAGGCCAAGUCGUCCCCCAACAACAACCACAACAACAAGAACAACGGCAAGCAGUCGGGCCACCACCACCACCACUCCAACAAGUCCAAGGCCCCGAAGCACCGCACUGGCGAGCAGCAACCCUCCUGGGCCGGAUUCCCCCCUCCCGACGACCCGAGGUCGUGGGCAGAAGGCAGCAACAACAGCGCGACCAAGGUCUUCGACACGGCCAAGGACGACGACGCCCAGGGCUGGGGGGGCCGCAACGAGUUCGACAAGCCCUCCGGCAGCAAGGCCGGCAGCAAGCAGAACGAUCAAUGGGGGGGAGGAUCCAACAACGACAACAACAGCUGGGACGGAGGAGGAGGCGGUUGGCCAGCUGCCGACAACAACAACGACGACGCCAACCAGUGGGGAGGAGGAGGAGGCUCUGGCAAGAACAACAAUAGCAACAAGUCCAACAAGUCCAACAAAUCAGCCGAUCAAUGGGGCGGCGGCGGAGGCGGCUGGGACGGCAACAACAGCCAUGGUAGCCACAGCCACCGCAACAAUCCUGUAUCCCCGACCGGCAUGCCAGGCGCGUUCUCGCCAGCCCCGGCCGGCCGAAGCGGCGGCGGCGGCGGCGGCGACCAGAGCGGCGGCGGCUUCGACGGCGGCAACGUCACGGGAGAAGGAAAGGUCACAGUCAACCCGGACUGGGCGCGCGAAGCGACGAGUGCGUAUCCGGACUGGACGGACCUCUCGGCUGCGCAGCCCGCGCCCUCGCCAAGCGACAAGGGAGAUACCCAGUGGUAA